AUGUCAUCAUCCCAGGUGUUCAAGGUGCCAAUCUUGGGCUCGGAAACCAUUCAUGUAGGUUACUCCAUCCAUGACCACAUCAUCCACGAGGUCAUCACCAAUUUGAAGUCGUCCACUUAUGUUUUGAUCACCGAUACUUUGGUAGCUGAAACCAAGCCUUAUCGCGACCUUGCCCACGGGUUCACCAAACAAGUAAGCCAAUUGGCUAAAGAUGCCCGGGUACUUAACUAUAUGGUCCCCCCAGGGGAAAACAAUAAGAAUCGAAAGACUAAGGCUCAAGUCGAAGACUUUUUGUUAUCUAAAGGUUGCACUAGAGAUACAGUGAUUAUUGCCAUUGGUGGAGGUGUUAUUGGUGAUAUGAUAGGUUUUGUUGCUGCCACUUUUAUGAGAGGUGUACGAGUGGUUCAAGUACCCACCUCUCUUUUAGCAAUGGUUGAUUCAUCUGUAGGUGGUAAAACUGCUAUUGACACUCCCUUGGGCAAAAACUUUGUAGGUUCAUUCCAUCAACCUUCGUACGUGUUCAUAGAUGUCUCAUUUUUGGAGUCUUUACCUCCAAGACAAUUCAUUAACGGGAUGGCCGAAGUCAUUAAGACCGGUGCUAUCUGGAAUGAAAAGGAAUUCACCAGAUUGGAAGAUUUCUCCAAAAAUUUCCUUUCUGUUAUCAAUCAACCUCCUCCUGUUGACCUUUCACUGAUUAAAUCAGAUUUAAUUAAAGUGGUGUUAGAAUCAGUGAAAGUUAAAGCGGAAGUGGUUCUGAAAGAUGAAAAGGAAUCAAGUUUAAGAAACUUGUUGAAUUUUGGCCACACCAUUGGUCAUGCUAUAGAAGCAAUUGUAACUCCUCAAGCCUUACAUGGUGAAUGUGUUUCUGUCGGUAUGAUCUUGGAAGCCGAGUUAGCUAGAUACUGGGGUGUUUUAUCACCAACUGCUGUUGCCAGACUUUCCAAAUGUCUUUCUGCUUAUGGAUUACCAAUUUCCAUUAAUGAUUCGAUUUUUACCAAAAGAAUUGGUAUUAAGCGGGAACUUAUCAAAAUCGAUACUCUAUUAGACAAAAUGUCUAUUGAUAAGAAAAAUGAUGGUAGUAAAAUUAGAUCAGUUAUUUUGGAUUCCAUUGGUUCAUGUUAUCAAUGGAAGGCUCAUGAAAUCCCCAAAGUGGACUUGAGAUUUAUAUUAACUGAAGAAUGUUUGGUUCAUCCAUUUGAUCCAGAACAAACUCCUAAAUCAACUACAGUUGUCCCACCAGGUUCAAAAUCAAUUUCUAAUAGAGCUCUUAUUUUGGCUGCUUUAGGUUCUGGUACCGUUAGAAUAAAAAACCUUUUACAUUCUGAUGAUACUAAACAUAUGCUUGCUGCUGUUUCCUCUUUAAAAGGUGCUGAAAUAAGUACUGAGGAUCUGGGUGAAACAAUUGUUUUAAAGGGUAAUGGUGGUAAUCUCGUUACUUGUGAUGAAGAAUUAUAUUUGGGUAAUGCUGGGACUGCUUCAAGAUUCUUAACCACUGUUGCUUCUUUAGUUGGACUUAAUUCUCAAGCUCAAAAUGAUUAUGUCAUCUUAACUGGUAAUGCUAGAAUGCAAGAAAGACCGAUAGGUCCUUUAGUUGAUGCUUUAAGAUCAAAUGGUUCUGAUAUCGAUUAUUUGAAUAGAGAAGGUUCAUUGCCUUUGAAAAUUAAAUCAGGUAAAGGUUUGAAAGGUGGCCGUAUUGAAUUGGGUGCAACAAUUUCUUCUCAAUAUGUUUCUUCCAUUUUAAUGGCUGCCCCUUAUGCUGAUGAAGCUGUUACUCUUUCGUUGGUUGGUGGUAAACCAAUUUCUCAAUUAUACAUUGAUAUGACCAUUGCAAUGAUGAAAGAUUUCGGUAUUGAAGUCACUCGUUCAAAGACUGAAGACUACACUUACCAUAUCCCUAAGGGUGCUUACAUUAAUCCUCUGGAAUAUGUUGUUGAAUCAGAUGCUUCAUCUGCAACUUACCCAUUAGCAUUCGCUGCUAUGACUGGAACUUCAUGUACCAUUCCGAACAUUGGAUCUGCUUCAUUACAAGGUGAUGCAAGAUUUGCAGUAGACGUUUUGCAACCUAUGGGAUGUACUGUUGAACAAACUACUACUUCAACAACAGUCACAGGGCCUCCAAUUGGUCAAUUGAAGGCUUUACCUCAUGUUGAUAUGGAGCCAAUGACUGAUGCUUUCUUAACUGCGUCUGUGGUUGCAGCUGUCGCCAACAACCCAGAGCAAACUACUCAAAUCACUGGUAUUGCUAACCAACGAGUUAAGGAAUGUAACAGAAUUCUUGCAAUGGUUGAUGAAUUGGCCAAGUUUGGUGUUCAUGCCCACGAAUUACCUGAUGGUAUUGAGAUCCAGGGUAUUGAUUACAAGAACUUGAAGACUCCAUCGACUGAAAAUGGAGGAAUUCAUACUUAUGAUGAUCAUAGAGUUGCCAUGUCAUUUUCUUUGUUGGCUGGAUUAUGUAAGGAACCAGUUUUGAUCCAAGAAAGGCAUACCACUGGAAAGACUUGGCCAGGAUGGUGGGAUGUUUUACACACGAAGUUCAAGGCUACCAUCGAUGGGUUUGAACCUGUUGAGAGUAGUACUAGUAGCAAUCAAGAAGUGGUUAGCAACAAGAAUAGUAAAUCAAUUAUUGUUGUUGGUAUGAGAGCAGCUGGUAAGACCACUCUUUCCAAAUGGAUAUCUUUGGAGAUGGGAUUCAAAUUCAUUGAUUUGGAUGAUAUUUUCGUCGGAAAGUUUGGAGAUAUUAGAGAGUACAUUAAGUCACAUUCGUGGGAACAAUUUAGAGAACAGGAAACCAUUAUCUUAGAAGAAGUUUUAAGCAAAUAUGGUACAGGCUUUGUUAUUUCAACGGGUGGAGGAAUAGUUGAAGAUGAGAAGAAUAGAGUUGAAUUGAAGAAGUUUGUUGCCAAUGGUGGUAUUGUUUUACAUUUACAUCGUGAUAUUGAUGAAACUAUUUCAUUAUUGAGUGUUGAUACCACUCGUCCAGCCUUUUUCAGUGAGAUUAGAGAUGUUUGGACCAAAAGAGAACCUUGGUAUUAUGAAUGCUCAUCUCAUCACUUUUAUUCUCUUCAUUGCUCCAAUGACCAUGAUUUCCAAUUAUUAAGAAACUCCUUCUCAUCAUUUAUUAGAAGAAUUUCCGGCUUAGAAGCCACUCCUGUUCCUUCCCAAAGGUCAUUUAUGCUUUCAUUAUCGUAUGAUGACUUGUCCAAUGUUGCUGAGAAAUUGGAAGACUUAUCUAUUGGAGCAGAUGCUAUUGAGUUGAGAGCGGACUUAUUAAACAAACUUACUUUUGAUUUCAUUGCAACGCAAGUUGCUAUUAUCAGACAAUACACUGGAUUACCUAUUGUUUUCUCUGCUAGAACUACGGAAGAAGGUGGUAACUUAAGAAAAGAACAAUUGGAAACUUUGUAUCAAUGGGCCAUUAAAUUAGGAGUUGACUUUUUGGAUGUUUCACUUGAUUUACCUCUUGAGAAGUUAAUUACUAUUCUUAACGGUAAGUUGAACACCAAGAUUAUUGGUUCCUAUUAUGCUAAUUUAAGAUGGACUGAGUCUGAAUGGGAAGCCAAGUAUAACUUUGCUAUUUCGUUAGACAUUGACAUCAUUAAAUUUGUUUCUCAAGGUAUUAGUUUCAAUGAUAACUUACAAUUGGAACAAUUUAGAGCAGAACAUACUUUGAAACCUCUUAUUGCAUUUAACACUGGUGAUGUUGGUAAGUUGAGUAGAGUUUUGAAUGAAACCUUGACCCCAGUUUCCUUAGAAGCUGGUCAAAUGACUGUUAGUGAGCUUAACAAAGCCUUUGCUGAUAUUGGAGGACUCACUACAAAGAAGUUCUGGGUAGUUGGUAAGCCUAUUUCUCAUUCUCGUUCACCUCAAUUGCAUAAUUCAGCAUAUGAAAAGUUACAGCUUCCAUAUACUUUUGAUCGAUUUGAAAGCGAUGACCCCGAAGUGGUUUAUGAAACAUUAAUUAAAGACAAUGAACAGUUUGGGGGGUUGGCCAUCACCAUGCCCUUAAAAUUAGGAAUGAUGAAAUACGUUGAUGAAUUAUCCAACGCUGCACAAGUCAUUGGUGCCAUCAACACCAUCACCUCCACCAAUAAUAAGUUAUUGGGGGAUAAUACUGAUUGGGUAGGAAUUAAGAACUCCUUUAUUAGAUCGGGUGUGGUAUCUAAUUUACCCACCAACAUCAAUGGGUUGGUUGUGGGAGCUGGAGGUACGUCUAGAGCAGCUAUUUAUGCUUUACACAACAUGGGAUGUCUGAAGAUCUACAUGAUGAACCGUACCAUUUCGAAACUCGAGGAAUUAAAGGCUUCCUUACCCUUUGAUAACCUUGAGAUCUUGGAUUCAGCAGAACAAGUAGUAGACAGCAAUAUCUCACUCAUAGUGUCUUGUGUUCCUGCUGAUAAGCCGUUGGAUGAUUCUUUACUUGACAACUUGGAAAGAGUGCUACAACAAGGCAAAUGUGAAGUCUUCAAGCCCACUUUACUUGAAGCAGCUUACAAGCCCACCGUCACGCCUAUCAUGCGUAUUGCUCAAGAUAAAUAUGAAUGGAACGUUAUACCUGGAGUGGAGAUGUUGGUCAAUCAAGGUGAAAAGCAGUUUCAACUUCAUACUGGCACUAAUCCACCAUAUAACACCAUUCAUGAAGCAGUAGUCAACGAAUAG